CCUGGCUGUCCGCCCGCUUUCACAUGUCUGGCACAGGUACCUAGUACUUGACACCAAACCUUAACUGUUCCAGCUAUCAUCCUGCUCUCACCGUGCCCUCUUAUUUUUGAUUUUUGAUUUUUUUUCUUUGGCAAUCUUAUAAAGGCUUCUGUUCCUCUCAAAAUAUCACUUCUCUCCUGCCUCAAUCCUGCAUCCCCUUCCUGGCACUGCAGCUGAUCCCCCCCCCCUCCUUACUUCACAGCUUCUUCUUCUUCUUCCUCCCCCCUCUUCCUCUUCCUCUUCCUCUUCCUCUUCCUCUUCCUCUUCCUCUUCAUCGCACCUCGUCUCACCCCCCACCAUGGAUCCUCGAGACGAGAAAAAAUCCGAACUGGUGGUCGCCCCUCAUGGAGAUUCUCAGAUCGAUGAGGAUCCUCUGGCCCUGCCCGAAAAAACCUGGUGGGAGCGCAGUUGGCCCACCUUUGCGUGUGGUGCCGGUCUCUGGUCCGAUGGGUACCUGCAAUACGUCAUCGGUACCGUCAACACAAUCCUCGGCAAGCUGUAUCCCGAUGUCUACAAGGGUUCCACCUACAGUCAGAAUGUCUCCUCCAUCGCCUUUGCCGGUACCGUCGUCGGAAUGCUGUUUUUUGGCUACCUCUCCGACCACUGGUCGCGCGCCAACACCCUCAUGGUCUCCACCGUCAUCCUCUUCGUCUUCGGCGCCCUCUGUGCCGGGGCCUACGGAGCCGGCGGCAGCUUGACUGGCAUGUUCACGGCCCUUACCGCAUACCGCUUCUUCCUGGGGUUGGGCGUGGGAGGAGAAUACCCGGCGGGCUCGGUGGCCGCGGCGGAGAGCAGUGGAGAGUUGGAAGAAGGCACCCGCCACCGCUGGUUCAUCCUGUUCACCAACUUCCAAUUGGAUCUGGCCUCGGUCGCCUCGUCGCUCGUGCCCAUGAUUGUCGUCCUGGCCUGUGGUGAGAACCAUCUCCGUGCCGCGUGGCGCAUCUGCCUCGGGCUGGGUGUCAUUCCACCGCUCAGUCUGAUCUAUCUGCGAAUGAAGCUCAAGGAGCCUGCCGAAUACUCGCGCGAAAAGAUGCACAAGUUUCCCGCCUGGCUGAUUAUUAAGUUCUACUGGCAGCGUUGGUGUGUGGUCGCUCUGAUCUGGUUCAUCUACGACUUCUCGACCUAUUCCUUCAGCAUUUACUCCUCGGCGUGGCUGAGUGUGAUCAUUGGCGACAAUGCGCCUCUGUGGAAGACGCUGGGCUGGAACACCCUGAUCAACGUCUUCUAUGUGCCCGGCUCCUUCCUGGGCGCCUUCAUGAGUGACUGGUACGGGCCCCGCAACACCCUGGCGUUUGGAGUCUUCGUGCAGGGCGCGAUUGGGUUCAUCAUGACCGGGUGCUACCCCUACCUGGAUACCUCCCACUAUGUCGCUGCGUUUGUGGUGGUGUACGGCAUCUUCCUGGCCAUGGGCGAAGUCGGUCCCGGCGACAACAUCGGUCUGUGUGCGGCCAAGACGUGCGCCACACCCAUUCGUGGCCAGUACUAUGGCACGGCGGCGGCCAUGGGCAAGAUUGGCGCCUUUGUGGGCACCUACGUCUUCCCCGUCAUCGUCGAUGAUGCCGGCAGCAACGUCGCUCACCAGGGCCAGUACCCGUUCUACGUCUCCAGUUCGCUGUGCAUCUUUAGCGCCUUCCUGGCAUACUUUGGCCUGCCCAAGAUUAACCAGGACACCAUCACCCACGAGGAUGCCCGUUUCCGCGACUAUCUCGAAUCCCAGGGCUAUGAUACCUCGACCAUGGGGAUUGCAGCCCCCGAGACGCAAGAAGCCCGGUAAGGCUGGGAUGCGAGAUUCAACGAGUGAUGCCACUGUGUAGCCUAAUUCUGUAUUUAAUAUCUACCACCCACAAUAAUCAAUCCAUAUAAUUCACAAGCUGCCCAAUGCGACCAAGCCAGACAUCGGAGGAUGGUCUCUUGGCCCACUCCGGGCCGGCUGAAGGAUGAGAACAG